AUGAGUAGUGUGUGCGCCGAGCAGCACAAGUUUCACACCUCCCACCACCUCCUUUCAUCCAAGAAAUCCCACCACCUCCUCAGGGAAGUUGACAUUCCACCGAGAAAGCUCCUCACCCGCCGCUCUGCAGCUCACCAAGACAUAUCGUCCUCCCCCGACAUGUACGACUCUCCACGCUUCUCUGCUUCCGACGAGGCCGUCCUCCGCAAGUUCCUCCCCUACAACUCUGACGACGAUGACGACGACCCCUACUCUUCCGACCACUUCCGCAUGUACGAGUUCAAGGUCCGCCGCUGCACCCGCAGCCGCAGCCACGACUGGACCGACUGCCCUUUCGCCCAUCCCGGCGAAAAGGCCAGGCGCCGUGAUCCCCGCUGCUAUCACUACUCCGGCACAGUAUGCGCCGACUACCGCCGCGGCGGGUGUAGCCGCGGCGACAGCUGUGAGUUUGCGCACGGUGUUUUCGAGUGUUGGCUGCAUCCGGCGAGGUACAGAACCGAGGCAUGCAAAGACGGCAAGCACUGUAAAAGGAAGGUUUGUUUCUUUGCUCACACCCCACAUCAGCUCCGCAUCUUGCCUGUGAAUCACUCACGGAGCUCUUCACCUGAUGAAGUAGUCAUCUCUCCCGGCUCCGGUUGUUGCAAGAAGAGUAGCAAGUACCUGAAUAACUCGGCCAACUCGCCGAGUUCGACUCACUGCUGUUCGUUCUGCCGUUCUGUGACUUGUUCCCCGACUUCCACUCUGCUCGGUAUGUCGCCGAUGUCUCCAUACGGUGAUGAAUCCAAGUGUCACUUCUCUAGCGGGUUCAAUCAGAUGCAUGCUGGUUCAGCUGGGAUGCCCAGCUACAAAGAUGUUCUUUCAGAGCUGAUGACCUCUUUGGAGAAAAUGAAAGUCAACAACAUGGAAGCAGCUACUACACCAGUUUCAUCACCAAUCAGUUCUGUUGCAUCAAGUUACCGGAAUACGCCCUGGGUUGACGUCUCUUCAUACAAUGCUUUUGCUGAAGAUCAGCAGCAACAGUUCAUUCUUUCACCUAAUUCUAUUCCAAGCCCUUUAUCAGCUGGAACUAAUUUUUUCAGUCACCGUUGUAGUUCUGGAAAUGGCUCAAGGAAAAGCUUGGUCUUCGAUGAGCAGAACAAGGCCACUGACAUUUAUGGAGGAGGUUGUAAUAGCCCCGACCCUGAUCUUGGAUGGGUCAACGAUCUGUUGAUGUAA